AUGGUGAGUAGGGAGGCCAGCAGCAAAAGCGUGGUUCUCUCCAACUCAGAGUCGGACUCGGACACAGGCCCUUCCCACGGUCCAGAGGAGGAGUCAGGCAGGCCCCAGGUGAAGAAGAGGAACAAGGCCCUCCAGGUCCGCUUUAAGGACAUCUGCGAGGCCCAGAAAGAGCAGCGAGCGGCAGGGAAGGGUUCCCGCUCCAUUUCCUGCAAGGUGACAUACAGGAAGUACAUGACCAUGCCUGCGCGGCGUUCCAUCCCCAACGUGACCAAGAGCACGGGCGUGCAGACCUCGCCGGACCUGACCAAACACUACCAAACGUUUCCCUUUGAGCGGAAGAAGGGCCACACGAUCAAACACACCGCCUUGGUGGAGAACCACAAAGGGCAGAACAAUGGGUUUCUGAGUGACAUUAAAGGGCCCGGGGAAGGGGAGGAGGGAGGGAGUUUGGCCGCGUCAUCCCGUUGUGGGGGGAAAAUUGUGGGGCAGACCAAAGCGCUUCUUCACCACACGGACAACAGCAGUGGGCCAGAGGAUCUGCUCUCUGGCGCUAACUGCAUUGACGGGCCGACCUGUCCGGACCCCUCACACAUCCCCGCUGGACCAGGGGGUGUUUCCAGAACCCCUGCUGAUCCCAAGGCGGACGCCGAGUACCAGGUCUGUGGCACCAGGACCAAACACAAAGGAUUAUCCAAAGACACACUGGACUUGAAAGACGGCACUUCCUCCAAACGCCAGCUGGUCAACUGUGAGGUUUCCUCUCAGGACACGAGGUCAAAGACCCUAGGUCCCGUGGCGUGGAACUCCUUAACCCGUGUGGAUUGUAUAGGGAGUCCGUCGGGGAGGUACAAACGCAAGAAGGCCACGCAGUUCAACGGACAGCACUCCCAAACGCUGCCCCACAGCGCUGGGUGCUCUUCUCAGGCUCCGCCUCAGGCCAGUGCAGGACAGGUAUCAUCCUCCAGCCAGCCUCAGCAGAGUGUGGGGGGUCGGGGCUGCCCCCCAGGGCAGCUGGGACCCUGCGGGCAGGUGGUGCCCUCCCCCGGGGAUGGAGAGAUUAAAGCACAGCUGCAGGCCAUGGAGACUUUGAUCAGCUCUAGCCAGGAGACCAUCAAGGUCUUACUGGGGGUCAUCCAGGAGCUGGAGAAGGGAGAAGCCCAGAGAGAAGGGCUGUCAUACAGGACAGGACAGGACACCGCCAACUGUGACACGUGUCGAAACAGUGCUUGCAUCAUCUAUAGUGUGGAGCUGGACUUUAAGCAGCAGGAGGAUAAACUGCAGCCGCUGAUGAAGAGACUGUGCCCAAUGGAUCACCCACAAUGCCCUGCUCUGCCUUACCCCCACGAGGUGUUCACCUCCACCCCAAAACGCAAGUCAAAGACUGAGUCCAAAAAGCAUGCCCGCUGGAAACUCUGGUUUCUUUAA